AUGGCCGUAGAAUGGGCGAGUGGACAUUGCGUGAUGUCGGGUGGAGGGCAUUUUAAUAAGUAGGUGUUUUACGUCAGGUCCCGCUAGUUUUUUUAAAGACAAUGUUGAAUUAGUAUUUUUUUGUAGACAAACUGUCAUGUCACCGAAAGUCCGAGGUAAUUUUUUUUACGAGACUGUACAUAAUCACUUCCUCGGUGGUCCCUAGCAACCAGGAGCUGUUCCGGAGAGCGCAGGUGACCGCCUCCAGCUGGGAUUUCCGGUCCCGCUUUGGGGGCCGACAUCUCCCGCAUUUGGUCAAAGCCAAAAUUUUAUGUUUUUUCUUGCAUCGGACUCGUUGGUUAUGUAAUUGGCGGUAAAUUUUGACUAUUCACGGUUUUAUUCGAUUUUCGAGAGGAAAAGUCCGGAAUGGAAGAGAGAUAUUCGAAUAUAAGAGUGGUUUUGGAUAUAAUGUUAUAUGAAUUUCCGUCUGGAUUUUGCGAGUUACUAGUUUAUAGUGUUUGACGAUAAUUUUACUCACUUCAGCCACGGAAUGGCCCACGGAAACACUGCCAAAGAUGUUUUCAUUCCAAAGUUACAAAUGGAAUAUCUUGGAGAGCAGGAGACGGUCUUCAAAGUAGGUUUAAUGAUGUUUUUAAAUUUGUUUCUGUGUUUAGUUGUCCGACAAGUCUGUGAAGUCGUACGUCGACGAAUCGCUGAAGGUGUUGGUGGCACAGAGUCGACGAAGUGAUUUCUCAAAGGUAAUUUGUUACCUAUAUAUAAUAUACCAAGGUUUUUCCCGAAUUCAGCGUAAAAGCUUUUUUAUAUAUGGGUUCAAUUAAAGUCGGGGUGUUGGGUUUAUAACCAAUGCUAUAUUUUUGUUCAAUUUUUGCAUUUUCAGCCAAUUGAGAGCUCUUACUCCUCACAAUCAGACUCUUCUCCGCUGUUCAAAAGGUCUUCCUUCAAACAUGACGGUGGUAAGUUUUAUCAGUUUGAGUUGUGCUAUCGAAGUUAGGCUACCGUUAAGAAGAGUAGUAUCAAAAUGAUUUGUUAGUCGCUUUCGUAAUUAAUUUUGUCUAAUUUAGAUGGAAGGUCACCCACUCCUCGCUCUGACAUUUUCCGACCUCCGAAAUCGCCUCGAGAGAAGCCGUCAGCCAUCACUCAGAGUCCCAGAUAUCAAAUCAAAUACCAGAUUUCGGUCAGUUUGUUUUUUCGAACGAUAUUUUUUGGGAUUUGCUGGAGUUUAUGAGCCAUUUGAUGAGACGGUUUGUGUUUUGAUGAAGAUUAUGUGUGAUUGACCUCAUGGGCAAAUAUUGAUUCUUUGAAUCGAUUGUUUUAUCCAUAUCACAUGACAUUUUUUGUUAAAAUUAAGGCGUAUACUGUAGCAAAUCAUUUGGAAAUGAUGUUGUUUUUAAAGAAAAGGGUAAAUAUAAAAUCUGAGUAAACGAAAGCAAUAACCUGCCCACCCAGUGGUUGUCGCUAAUAAACUGAUCGAAAUUGACACCGCUGACACCCCGGUGCCCUCAGGGCCGCAUUCCCAAGCCAAGGCGACCACUCAGACAUUUUCUUUGAGUUUUUUUUUUGGAUUGCCCUGAGGAAUGCAACAAAUCAAGACCUCCGGAAGGACGUUUAUUUUCGAAUAACCGGUUCGAAUGGCCGAGAAUAAAAGCGGAUAAAGAUUGUUUUAAACGCCUGGAGCGGGAUUUGGAUAACAGUUUGAUCCUCGGAACAAAAGCGUUUUUCUUCACCUGACUCUCUCGCGAAACGGUCAAAGAAUGAGCAGCCCGGACCGCCGCUUCUUCCUUGAGGCCACGUAAGCCCCGGCCCGAUUGGCACCGACAAGAAACGGCCGAAAGUCCGCUUCUUCUCUGCCUUCGGCCCUCCGGCGAUCAGCGGAAAGACAACGGAUCGGCCGGAGAGAAAUGUCUGCCCGAGAGUGGCAUUUGGUCAGAUCUUGGCUUUUUUGUAAGCCCAGAGCCAGUUUUUAUGCGCAAAUUCAGGGCGGUUAUUACACUGGGCAUGUUGUCUACGAGAGAUACUUGAUGAUCAUGAAGUCUAGUGUAAUCUUUUUAGAAAUUGAUCGCUUUGGAUCGGUUUGUUGGUAAAACAACGCGAAUCAAUUGCCGUUUUCAAAAGCUAUCAAUUUUGUUUUCAAAUAGGCCUUUGGCCCUCUGUGGUAAAGAGUAGACGUGCCCUUUAUACUUGUUAUAGGAUUGAUUAGGUCAUUUCUGGGCUCUAAACAAACUUUAUAUUAUACUAGGUUGGCUUGUUGUCAUAAAUCGAGAUAUUUUUGAUUCGUUUACUCAAAGAAUUAGCCCUCUUGAGGUCGGGUAAAGAGUACUUUAUGUUUUGUUUUUCUCUUCUUUUUUGUGUAAGCGAUAUGCCAAAUUAAUACUAGAUUUGUCGACUUUAUUCUUGAUGGCUUGAUAAGAAUGAACCAGAAAUUGACGAAAGUUCGUUCUGAACAAGAGGCCAAUUUGUCAACUCGAUUUGAUUAGAGCUAUAUUCAAUUAAUAACGCUGCCUUCUGUUUUCUUCUCCAAUUUGACGCAUCGUCUGACAUUUUUAUUUUUGAUCUGUGACCUCUUUAUCACCCGAAGACUCGGUUUAGAUUUGGUUUAUUCUUGAUAAGAUGUUGCUUUAAACAAGUAACGUUCUUAUCGUUCUGUUGCCUGCUAGUGAUCGGAUUCUUUGAGCGUUGUAUUGCUUUCAUCAUGGUUCAACGUGCUAAACGUCAAGCUUUAUGUGUCAAGUAAAUAUUGGUCUUACGCACAUGUUCCUUAAAUGUUUUCUUUCCUUUCCUCUUUCCAAUUGAUUUUUUGACGGGUUUAUGGGUUUUUAAAACGAUUUCUCCCUUGUACCCAUACCUGAUUCUUGUACAAUAAUGAGUCAUUUCGCGUCAGAGAUGCACCCUCUCUUUAUUAAAUUCGGUGUUUCUUGACGGUCCUUCCAUUACUGGUGAAUCUGCGCACCGUUGUUUUGAUAGUAACCCCCUUUCCGCAUGUUCUCGGAAGGUAUUCGGCGUCACUGAUUAGUGAUUGAGUGCGAGCGGAUCUUCUCCUUUCUUUACCCUUAGGCGUUGAAUUUCUUUUUUCUUUCUUCCCGAUCUGGCGGAUAACAUUUCUCCUCUUGAUCUUGACGUGCCGGUUCGUCUUUUUUCGUCGUUCUUUAGGCAUUUUAAUAUUGUUGGAGUAUUUGCUUUUCAUUUCUAGUCAGUAUAGAAGAAACUAAUUUGGGUCGGUUUCUCUUUUGCUUUUAGGUGUCACAAAAGACGAGAAUAAUUUGCAGAACCCUUUUCCGUCACCCUGUUGGUUUAAUUUUAAACCCGUUCGUCUCGAUUCAGCUCUGUCGUCGAUCAUACAACUUACUCUCUUCUCGCGUUUCCUAGUUGUUCUCGAUUCUAUCCGUUUCCAUCAUUACUGAUUAAACAGUCUCGACGGACCAUAUUAGUGGGGUUUCUAAUGUUUUUCGGUUUAACUGGGUCAUCUGUCGACUCGUUCCGUCAAGGGUUAAUUAACAAUGUUAGAUAAUGUCCGAGCAGUAGGCGCGUUCGGAAGUGAUUCAGCCCAAAUUUAGAGCUUCUUUUUUCCCAUUGUCGUUGGAUUCUCUGUCUCGCUUUCCUCGCAUUUUUCUCGUACGAUGAUUAAACGUUUUCGUGGCCUGUAAUUCAAUUAUGUCAUUUACAGCCUUCUGCUAUUAUAAUUAAACAUUAGACGCUGACCUUCUCGAGGUGUUUAGCCUCUCCGCCGCUUUGUUAAUGCACGGCUACUCAUUGCGGCGUAACUCCAACGCACCCAAUAAUCGUCUUAACGACAACCAACAGGACCUCAACCAGCGACGGAACGGCGUCGAUCGAAACCACCAGCCCUUCGAGCUGCGUUCCGUUUACGAGGAACAAGACGACUAUCUAGACAGUCCCCGGCUAUUCCCUGCCACUGGUCGACAGUCUGUGCCAGGCUUCAGCAAACCCCAGCUGGUUUCGGUGGGAGAAAUCUACAACGAUACCAGUUCUGGAUAUUCUACUGCUUCGGGCGCUUCCUCAACUGUCCCAUCGACUAAUACUUAUUGGACCAGAAAAGAUAACAACGACUUUGAAUUUGUCCCAAUUAGAGAGCCUCAAACAUCACGCAUUCCCGUGGUAUCUGGCCCAGAGUGGCGUAAAAACUCUAAUAACGAGACAUACGGUAAGGAAAUGAAUAUUGUGACGUCAGUGCAUUUAUAGAUCCACCUUCAAUUAAUGAAUUGGUGAAUACUUUGGAGAACUUUGACCCUGAACCUCUUUUACAACGCGCAGUCAAAGCUCAGCAACGUGUAGAAGAAUUGAGCAACAGUAUUAAGCCUCAAAGAAGACCUAAUACAGUGCUUGGAGAACCUUACUAUAACGGUGACACUAGGACUUUUCCAUCUUUUGGAAGGAAAAAAUCAAACGGUAACGUCGACUUCAACGAUUUCCCUUCGAACCGCCGCGAUUCCAAGCGUUUUCCCGGUCUAAGUACAGCUACAAUUUCCACGGAUACCUCAAAACCCACCGAUUGUUCCAUCUCUGCAUCUACAAAUAAUUUAUUGAACAUCGAUACCCGUCCAACCCAUAGAAACAUCGACGUAUCUCAAUUGGAUACCGUCCUUCAGAGUCCGAGCUCCGGCUCUCAACCACCAAAUCGGUUGCAUUCGACGGCUUCCUUUGAUCCGGACAACUUUUACCAAAGUCGUGAGGAGUGGAGAGACCCCUUCUUCAACAUGCGAGAUCGAUUUGGAAAUGAUCGUGAUAAUGGAACCAUAAACAGUCGCUUUGGAAGAGCGCCAUCCUUGUUAUCCAAGAGCGCAAGCCAAGGAAAUCUGGAUUAUCAGUAAGAAAUCUUCCGAGAUUUUUAUCGCAAAUUUAGAAAUUCGGAUUCUGAUGGCAACUCUAAUAGCAAUGGAAAUGGAUAUUCGGAUUGGUCCAGACCACGCAAUUCGUUAGCCAACUUUUGGCUUGACACGUUGCGCAAUCACGUUGAUACUCCACCGGCUUUUCAACGGGCCUUUUCGCCGAGAUUAAGUGCCAGCGAGCGCCUGGAACAAUUGCAUGAACCUUUGGAUGACCUCGAUAAUCACACAAUCUAUCGUCGACCCAACGCAAUUGAUAAUGUAGCCUCAAGGCGAGCUCAAUACUUGAAAGAAGUUUUUGGCUCCCACAGUCCUUCUUUAUCUUCCAAAUUGAAUGAGUGAGUGGGAGGGCAACGUUUUUUGAUAUUGUAUAAUAGUCCGUAUUUUCAAAUUUAUUUUGAGGGUUGGCUGACUUCAAGAUUGUGUUGUAGGUCCUUGCCGAAUCGAGAUCCGAACUUUUCUGAGCUUGAUGAUGCUGUUGGAGACAUGGAAAGUCGUUCUGGAUGCGGUCGUUUCCCAACAAAUGAAGUGAAAUACACCACAACAACGACUAAUCCAGACGGUUCAACGACGAGGUCUUAUUUCGGACAGACUCGAUACACUACGCCCGGAGGGGAAAGAAGAACGGUGGUGACGACCAGAACAACGUCCAACCAGCACAGUCCUUCACCGGACACUUUGAGUGACACUAGUCAACAAUCGCUGCUUUUCCUUCCGCAUCCUCGACCAAAACACAACAUUCGGGAACAACUUAUGAACGCUGGUGUAAAUAACUUCUUCUCAGGGUUUCCCACCCGCAGACUCCUCAAUAGCGCCGCGUUUUCCUCCCCCAACUUCCCGGCCCCAACCACUGGCGGUGUAGCAUCACGAGUUUCGGCGUUGGAAAAGCGGUCCAGUGGUACCCCAAACUUGCUACAGCUGGCUUGUGUCCUGAAUGGGUCUAAUCCCGAAUGUGGCGCCCCAAUGUCGCCGAGAUCUACUGUUUUCCGACGAAAGCCUGUCAUUCAUGUGGAUUAUGGCGAUGAAGAUGACAUCUUCAAGUUUCCUGAACCCGACCAAGAUUCGGUUGGUUUUAAUUUUUUUAACAAAAAAGUAUUAGUGAAAAUUUUGUGAGAAAUAUCACAUUUCUCUUACUGUAAUAUUUGGGUAUAUAUCAUGGGGUUUUUGUUGGUUUGCUGGACUAACCGAAGUUUGACGCCGAUUACUGGACACAUGUUUGACAUGCGAAAAAUGGGUUUUGUAGUCUCCAGAGAUUCCGAAACAACGUUUUCUUACUCUUCUCCCGGAACGGCAUAAAGUUUCCUUCGUUCAAAAGCUACUUUGUCACAUUUAUAUCGAAAAUAACUGCGUCAUCGAACAUUAUUUUUAAUUGGAUUCUCCUUUUCUCUUUUAUCAACCAAAUUAAGCUAAUCGGAGGCCGAGGCCCAUGGCCGCGGUAAAUGCUAUACUAUGGGACGUCCGGCUAUACUAAUAUCCUCUACUGAAAUAGUGCCACCCACACGGUCGGACUUGUUUCUUCACGUCGGUAUAGCCGAGUGGUCACUUUUUACGACAAAAUGUCCCGUCUCCCAUCCUUUCCGACUUCAUUUAUGUUGAAAAGAGUGACAUGCAAAGGUCAGUUACGGCACGCGACACUGUUUUAUUAGCGCAAUAUGUUUUGGGAUGAAGAUGCGCCGCGCAAUAUCCUCGAAGCCUACAAGGGGGUUCUUUUCCGAAUGGGCGCAGCUGCCGUCUCGGGACAUCUAUUCUUGGUUCCCAAAUCGCCGCUAAUUUAUAAGUUGGUUAUGCGCGGAUUAAGCGCUUUUUGUUCGCUCCUCUCCCGCACUCCAAGCCUAUAA